UUAUUUUGUUAGAGAAGGGAUGAUCAGAAGGAAUUGACACACUGACAUAUACAUGUCAGAGACAAUUCCAGACUGACAGAGGAACAGCAAGAGGGCAGAGCUUGAUCUUAGAAAAGACACAUUUACAAAAUGAGACAGAACUAGAAAAUAUAAAUAAGUAGAGAAAUACCGCUGAUACAAACUUUGCCAGAUAUGGCCUUUCUACAGACGUCUGCACUUUUCCUAGUAUUAUUAGUUAUCUUUAAUACACAAUGUAGAGCAGUAACAAUAGAGGAUGAAGAUGAUUAUACAAUUAAAAGUUCGAAAACGGAUGCUGGCUCCACAACCAACACGUCCGGGGAUGCACCUGCAGGGAUCACAACUCUACCCAUUGUCAUCUGGAAGUGGCACCAUGUAGAAACUCCUUACCUGGUGGCUCUCUGGAUAUUGACCUGUUGGCUUUGUAAAUUAGUUAGUGAACUGAACCACAAAGUCACCAAUGUGAUUCCAGAGAGCGGCGUGCUCAUCAUCCUCGGAUUCGUUUUGGGAGGAAUAGUCUGGGGAGCGGACAAGGCGCAGACAUUCAAACUGGCCCCUGUCAACUUCUUCUACUACCUGCUGCCUCAGAUCGUCUUGGAUGCGAGUUACUGCAUGCCAAACAAGUUAUUCUUCAGCAACCUGGGUGCCAUUCUGCUCCACGCUGUUAUCGGAACGUGCUGGAACGCGGCUGCCGUGGGCAUUGCGCUUUGGGGCUGCUACGAAGGGGGCGCGAUGGGAGACUUGGACAUCGGCCCCCUGCAGUUCCUGUUGUUCGGUGCUCUGUUGUCAGCUGUGGACCCCGUGGCUGUGAUUGCCGUGUUCGAAGAAGUCCACGUGAAUGAGGUUCUCUACAUCCUGGUGUUUGGAGAGUCGCUGCUGAACGAUGGAGUCACAGUGGUGCUUUAUAAUGUGUUUGAUGCCUUUGUAUCAUUGGGAGGCCCGAAGAUCAAUGCUACAGAGAUCAUCAAGGGCAUAAUUUCGUUCUUUGUGGUGGCGUUUGGAGGCUCGUUCCUUGGUGUCGUAUUUGCAAUUAUAACAUCCCUGAUGACUAGGAUCACCUAUAAAGUUCAGAUCAUUGAAGCUGGUUUCAUCAUCGUCAUUGGCUACCUGUCGUACCUGACAGCUGAGAUGCUGUCGCUCUCUGCAAUCCUUUCGAUUACCUUUUGUGGGGUCUGCUGUCAAAAGUACAUCAAUGCCAACAUGGACGAGAAAUCGGUGAUAACGUUACGUUACACCCUGAAGGUGAUGGCCAACGGCUCAGAGACCAUGAUCUUCGUCUUCCUAGGAGUUUCGGCUAUCGAUAAAAACAUCUGGGUUUGGAACACUGGCUUCAUCCUUCUCACCGUCCUGUUCAUUGUUGUAUUCAGGUUCAUGGGUGUUUUUUUUCUCAACUGGAUCUUAAACCAGUCCAGACUGAUUCCCAUUAGCUUCACGGAUCAGCUUGUGAUGAGCUACGGUGGUCUGCGAGGGGCGGUGGCUUACGGAUUGGCGGCCAUUUUAGACGAGAAAAAGAUCCCGGAGAAGAAUCUGAUGUUGGGUACCACGCUCAUUGUGGUUUAUUUCACUGUGGUUCUUCAGGGAAUCACAAUGAAACCACUGGUUCAAUGGCUGAAUGUUAAAAGGUCAACGCAGUCUGAUCUGACACUGAAUGGAAAGGCGAACAACAGGGUAUUCGAGCAUGUAGUGACAGCAAUGGAAGACAUCUGUGGACGAAUGGGAGAUAACUGGUGGACCAGAAAUUGGAACUACUUUGAGAACAAAUACAUCUGCUGGUUACUAAUGAAGAAAGAGGCAAGAAAGAUAAAUGAUAAAAUUUUAGGUGCCUUCCACACGCUCAAUAUGGAGGACGCCAGAAAUUACGUCAUUGAGAAUGAAAAAAAAGGAUCUCUGGAGUUUAUUCGUAAUUAUGACGCAGCCAGUGUAGACUUUAAAAAGAAGCUCGCUUUAGACUACGCAGACAUCAUGCCCGACAUCAUGGCUGACAUGUCAGAUUACGACUUUAACAUCGAAAACGUUCCUGUGACCUCUGUCAUAAGGAACCCGGUUCCCUCGGUAUCCAUGGACAUUCAUGAACAGGACAUGAGGAACAUGAAUGGAGAACUCAAUGCCCAUCAUCUUCUAGAGCAGCACUUGUACAAGAGCAGGACACAUAACCGUCCCACAUACAGCCGCAGUCACUAUAACACUACACAGAACCCGGAGGAGGUUCAGGAGAUCUUCCAGAGGACCAUGAGGAACCGACUGGAGUCCUUCAAAGCCACAAAGAGAAGUGUCAGCCCUGCCAACAAAAAAAUCUCCAAACAUUCCAAGAAUGACUCAACAAUGAAGACAAAUGGAAAGCCUGUAGACCCUCACAGAACCCAUCCACUUGGAGAUGAAGAUUUUGAGUUUUCUGCAGACAGUGCCUCAAGCAGUGAAGCUGCUGCUAAUUUUCCCGGAAGAAGCAAAAACAGAUCUGGAGCUGGUAUAGACAAUCCUGCAUUCAUCCAUGAGAUGGACACCUCUUUUCCUAUGAGAAACCCACCGUGGCAAACCGGAACCAGCAUGAAUCUGGCCCCGUCCCAGAGGGCCGAGGGACGACUGCCCUGGACACCCACCGACCUCACACGUCUAUCACCAAUGAUGGCUGAUGCUUCUGUGGAUGAAGAGGCACCUGAGAAACAUGAGGAUAAACCUGGAUCACAUAACACCAGAUUAUAAUCCAAAAAAUAUUCCCAUUCGCCAACAUUAAUUUUCCAUGUAUCUGAUUAGAUUCAUGUUAUUAUGUGACCAGAGAUUUGAAUCUCCGUGACAUUGACAGUAUAUACAGUACACACACAGCAUUAAAAGGAUAGCUCACCCAAAAAAUUUUUAUCUGCCAUAAUUUACUCUCCCUCGUGUCAUUUCCUUUGCAUGGAAGAGUAAAUGACACCUAGCGGAUUUCCAAACUGUCUUUUCAUACAAUGAAAGUAAACGGUGACCUCAGUCAUCCCAUUUGUUUUCAUGGUAUGGAAAAAGCGAUAGCAUGAACACCUUUUGGGUUCUGCAGAAAGAAAAUCAUAUUGAAAUUAAUUGACAUGAAUGUAAGUGUAUAUGUAGAUAAUCUUUGUUUUUGGCGAAUUCCCCAGGUACUUUGAAGUUCUUCAUUUACCUUCUCUAAAAUGUUUUGCCAUGCUUAUUGUUGGUAAAGAAAACAAAAUACAGAGGUGAUGUAUAAGCUGUCAAUAAAGUACUUAUGUUAGAUGUUAUAGAGCAGACAGCUCUUUUAAAUACACAUUGUGGUGGAGACUGUAAUGGCACUUUAAUGACCGCAUGCAAUAAAACGGAUCACUUUAAUGGUGGCCAGAUUUGUCUUGUCCAAAGUUAUGUGGCAUAUUUCGAGCACUCUGCAUAAUUUGACCCUUUACUGGCUAAAAUAUAAAAUUAUUUUUUACUAUAUUAUUGGUCUAUUGGUGGUAAAAAAAAUGUUUUGCUUAAUACUAUCAUAAUAUAAAGUCUGACUAUUCUGCAUUUCUGUAAUCUUACAAUGGUUCGUUACUUAAUCAUUGAUUUUACCAUAAAUUAUUUUUUGGCACAAUUAAACACAUUAAAAUAAGUAAUGUAUAAUAAUAAUAAAAAAAUCUUUAUAAAUUGACAUACAUUCCACUCUUGAAGUCUUAAGCUUUGUUUUACAUUUUGUUUUAAUUUAUGUUAAAACAUUUUUUUGGAACAAAUUCAAGCAGUAAAAGUCUGAAUGUUGCAAAUGAGCGAAUAAACACUGUAAUAAAGGUGUAUUCAGUGUGAUUUCUGUGUCAAAACAAAGUCAAUAAUGCAAAAU